AAUUUGGAUGCGUGGCCGCUGUAUCAGCAGCAAUGUCAUGCUCAUUCCCAUUUGGAUGCUGUUGCAUGCUGGACUGAAGAAGUUCUGUCGAGGAAGAAAGCUGAUAGAGGAAUUAAAUAGAUGCUAUUUCCUCUUUUUCCCCUAUGUACUCUUUCGCUCAAGGAGUUUGAAGUUUUCUAGCAGCUUUCAAAAUGGGGCUGCUAGAUUUAUCCUUGGUUGCUUCCAUACCUGUUGUGAAAGUGCUCUUGAUUUGUGGACUUGGCUCAUUUCUUGCUUUGGAUCAUAUAGACAUCUUGGGAGACAGUGCCAGGAAGGAGCUGAAUAAUAUGGUGUUUUUUGUAUUCAACCCAGCGCUUGUCUCUAGCAAUCUGGCUCAAACAAUUACCUCGGAGAACAUCAUAUCGUUGUGGUUCAUGCCGCUGAACAUCUUGCUGACUUACAUUGUUGGCUCAUUUCUUGGAUGGGAAAUUAACAAAAUCACUAAAUCUCCUCAGCAUUUGAAAGGCCUUGUAAUGGGUUUAUGUGCAGCAGGAAACUUGGGGAGUCUGCCUUUUGUUCUCGUCCCAGCAAUAUGCCGUGAAAAGGGUAGUCCAUUUGGAGCACCAGAGAGCUGCCAUAAGUAUGCGAUGGCUUAUGUUUCUCUUUCUAUGGCGAUAGGAGCCAUUUAUCUGUGGUCUAUUGUUUACAACACUGUUCGCGUAUCAUCAACUAUGAUCAAUGAAGUUAUAAAUGUGAACAAUGCAAAUUUUGAUGAAGAAACCUCAAAGGCCCUUCAAGAGCAGAUAAACUCUGAGUUUGACUCAGAAUGCACAUCUGCUACGGACCAUGCAAAUGAAUCUUCGCUGCCAUGCGCUAAAACUGACAAGCAAGGAAAGGUUUUGAUCCUGUACACAAUUAAGAAGCAAUUAUAUUCGUUUUUCAGAAGCAGUAAUCUGAAGGCCAUUAUUGCACCUUCAACGACUGCAGCGGUACACUUUUCAAGGGCCUGGCAAUUCUUUGUUGAAUCAAUGGCAAAUUUACAAAAGUUACUCAUUGGCGCCGACGCUCCACUUCAUGUAAUCCAGGAUUCUGCUUUAUUGCUGGGAGAAGCAGCAGUUCCCAUCAUCAUACUGACAGUGGGGGGAAACCUCCUUAAAGGUCUAAGAGGACCAGGCGUCCAGCUUUCCCUCAUUCUUGGGAUCAUUGCUGUUCGAUCUGUUGUCCUGCCUCUGAUCGGAGUUUUGGUUAUUAAAGGGGCAAUUCAUCUGGGCUUCGUGCAUGCAGAUCCAUUGUAUCAGUUUGUUCUUCUACUACAGUAUGCUCUUCCCCCCGCUAUCAAUAUAGAUACAUUCAUUUUUCUCCACCCCGCCCACAACCAAAUGAAAAGAUCAAAACAAAUCAUGUGCACUGGUCUUUAGGUUUUGUGGCUUGCAAAUUGAA